GCACUGUUGCAGGUGAGGGAAACUCAAUGAUAGAAAAGCCAGACAGUGGCCUCCUCUUCACAAAGCUGAUAGUGGAGGAGACAGACCACAAACAUAUCAAGAAACUGAUCAGAUGAGCGGUGUGCAGAUUAAAGCAGAGAAGACUGGGGGCUCUUCACUCUGAGGGUUACACUAAGGACAUGGUGACAGACUUUGAUGAGAAACAUGAUGAGUAUUUAAUACUGCUUCAGCAGAGGAACCGAAUAUUGAAGCAUCUGCAAACCAAGGACCCCGUGCAGUUGAGACUGGAGCACUUGGAGCAGGGCUUCUCUGUCUACGUCAACGGGGCCAAUUCCGAAGUGAAGACAUUGCCGCGGAAAGCUGUCCACUCCGACUUCUCCAGAAGCGCCUCGCAGCCCGAGGGGACACAGGAUGGUGGACGAAGAACUCUGUUUCGAGACGCCGAAGAAGCUUUAAGGCGCAAUUCACGCACAGCCCCCAGCAAAGUCCAGCGCCGCGGAUGGCACCAGAAAUCUGUGCAGAUCAGAACAGAAGCUGGCUCACGGCUCCACAUCAAACCUCCUCUGGACUACUCUGAAGACUUUGAGCCGUGGGAGAGCGUGACUGUGAACGCAAAGGAUGCUUCUGGGGGUCAUCCGCAGGAUUCCAGAGCUCCCCGCAGCAGCACACCCUGUGAUUUCCACUUCUCCCUUCAGAAGGCAUGUGGACACCCCGCCCCGCCCAGCAGCAUGGACAAAGCAAGGAUCCUCUUAACUAUUCAGGAUGUGAUGGAGCUAAGAAAAAGCCUGGAACUUAGUGUAAAUCUACAAAAGAAACAAAAGGAUGGUUCCAGUGACGAGUAUGACUCCAUUGAAGAAGACGUGCUCUCUGAGCCCGAGCCCGAGGACCCGGCACUUGUGGGCGACCCCAGACACGAUGCCCCUCUUUCCAGUGGGGACUCGGUGCGGAAGGAUGUUCUUGAGGGCCAGGAGACACAAGGACACCCCCCACAGGGCCCAGACACCCUUGUGGUGCUGGAAUUUAACCCAGCUUCCAAAAGUAAUAAAAAGGAAAGAAAUCUGUCUGCUAAGCGAAAGGACAAUGCUGAGGUCUUUCUUCCCAGCAAACUGGAGCCAAACCUGACUCCCCAGCCACCCACUGCACUCCCAGACCAGGAGAGGCCAUGUUCAAGACCUGGAAGCCGGCGGGAGAGACCCCUAUCGGCAGCACGGAAACCUGUGCCCCAGGCGGGGGACUGGCAGGAAGACGCAUCGGCCGUGCUCAGAGCCAUCCAGGUGGAGAACGAGGCCCUGCAGAGCUCGGGCCUGAGCAGGGCGGCCGAGCCCCCCGCCGCCGCCGAGCUGCAGGUGCAGGACAUGGAGGGACCACCAGCAAAAUCGUGGACCAGCCUGCUGAAGGAGGAAGAGGAGAGCCCUGAGUGGCGUCCCAUCGCCAUGGUGACCAGCACGCAGGAGCCAUCCAGGGCAGCAGGGGGAGCCAGAGCCGUCAGUGAAGCCAUUGACAGAAUCGGCCUCUUGGGGAGCAGACAACAGCAGAAGCUUCUGAGAGUCCUCCAGGCCAUCGAAAGUGACUCUACCCAUGUCAGUCGGGUGGCUUCACCAACCGAGGGGCACAUGCUGGACCCAGAGGACAAGUUGAGAAUGAAAGCAGAAGAGAUGAAAGACGCCAUCUAUGUGACGAUGGAAAUCCUGUCCACCUGGGGCAGCGCGUCGUGGGUGGGCCUCACAGAGGUCGAGUUCUUUGACCUGGACAACACGAAGCUUUAUGUGUCACCUCAUGACGUGGACGUUCGUAACACGGACACGCCGGGGGACCUGGGCCUCCUGGUCAACAGGAACCUGUCGAGCAAGCAAGACCCCUCCCUGUGGACGUGCCCCUUCCACCCACCACUCCAGCUCUUUUUUGUUCUCCGCAACACAAGACUGCUGCCUGCCUUUGGUUUGGCCAAGGUCAAGGUUUGGAAUUACUGGACGGCUGAUGGCGAUCUUGACAUUGGUGCCAAGAACGUGAAGCUUUAUGUCAACAGAAACCUCAUCUUUGAUGGCCAGUUGGACAGAGGAGGUGGGGAGGCCCCAGCUGACCAGAGCAUACUGGUCGGGCCGGAGCAGGAGAAAACUGGGAGAGCGGAGAGCCACACUCAUGCCCAGUUGGAAGAAAGCAGAGGCGCCUGCACGCCCGCUGGCCCGGGCAGGGACGAGGAGCUCGGCGCCGAGCACUCGGAGCCCAUCGGAGCUGCCGUGGGUGCGGAGGGUGCACCCCCAGGAAAUUCGCUUGGUGAGAGGAUGAAUUCUCCGGAUCACGUGGAAGGCAGCUUGUCCACGUUAGAGGGUGACUUCGGCGUGUCAGCAGCCCCAGCCUCGAUCAGGGGUGUGCCUAGUGUGCCCCCCAGCCACCCCCUUGACUGCCCUCCUCUCGGCCAGGGGCUCUCACUGGUUCAGCAGCUGGAAAACCUCACAGGCAGAAAAGUCUCUGAGCCUCCAGGGAAAACCCCAUCCUGGCUCCGACCCUCUGCCCCGGGGAAGGGCAGGAAGCCGAAACCCCUCUGGCUGAGUCCUGAGAAGCCACUGGACUGGAAAGACAGGCUUCCGUCAGAGGACCCCAUGAGUGGGGGGCCCGGAGAGGCGGGGGACAAAGGCCUCAGGCGUGAGCACGGGAGGGCCAGCAGCCAGAAUGGCAUCAAAGGAGAGAGAGCCCAGAGGGUGGCCCCCACCGUCUGCAGUGAUGACCUCGACAUCUUUGACCAGCCCUCCAACAGGGGGCGUCCUGCCAGCGGGAGGAGGGGCCCGAAGAAGGACGCCCUCAGCGGCGGGCGCGGCGAUGGCCGAGAAGACGCCUGGCCCACUGGGACGCCGCCACGGUCCCUGUGGCGCAGUGAGCAGGAACACACGCUGCACGAGUCCUGGAACUCCCUCAGCGCCUUUGACCGCUCCCACCGGGGAAGAAUCUCCAGCACCGAGUUCCCAGGGGACGUCCUGGACGAGUUCCUGCAGCAGCAGAAGAGCAGCCGUCAGGGCAGCCGGCCGCCGCCCCUCGAGGAGGAGGAGGAGCCGGGGCCCAGGCCGGGGCAGGACGGCCGCCCCGCAGACACAGAGGGAGAGAGCGACUUCAGAAUCCCUGUCCUGCCCUACGGCCAGCACCUGGUCAUUGACAUCAAGUCUACCUGGGGGGACAGGCACUACGUCGGCCUGAACGGAAUAGAAAUGUUCAGUUCCAAGGGCGAGCCCGUGCAGAUCGCGAGCAUCCAAGCAGACCCCCCUGACAUCAAUAUUUUACCAGCUUAUGGGAAGGACCCCCGGGUGGUCAGCAACCUCACCGACGGGGUGAACAGGACCCAGGACGACAUGCACGUCUGGCUGGCCCCCUUCACGCCGGGCAAGUCCCACUUCAUCACCGUCGACUUUGCGCACCCGUGCCACGUGGCCCUCAUCAGGAUUUGGAAUUACAACAAAUCGAGGAUACAUUCCUUCCGCGGCGUGAAGGACAUCGAGAUCCUCUUAGAUACACAGUGCAUCUUUAAAGGAGAGAUUGCCAAGGCCCCUGGAACCCUGUCAGGAGCCCCAGAGCACUUCGGAGACACGAUACUGUUCACGACUGAUGACGACAUCCUGGAGGCCGUGUCCUGUUCGGACGAGACGUUCGACGUGGACGUGGAGAGCCCCUGCGGCCUGCAGUGCGAGGAGGCCCUGCGGCGGCCCAGCACCGCCGACGGCGAGGGCGGGGAGAGGCCCCACACCCAGGCCGGCCUGGGGGCCGCGGGCCGGGUCCCAGAACCGGAGAUGCCACCCAGUACCCCUGUCCCAGAAGUCACCACUCCAGAACCUGGCGUCUACCACGGGAUCUGCCUUCAGCUGAAUUUCACUGCCUCCUGGGGGGACCCGCACUACCUGGGACUCACAGGCCUGGAAGUGGUGGGCAAGGACGGCCAGGCACUGCCCGUCAGCCUGCACCAGAUCUCUGCCUGCCCCAGAGACUUAAAUGACCUCCCCGAGUACACCGAGGACUCCCGGACCCUGGACAAGUUGAUCGAUGGGGCCAACAUCACCAUGGAGGAUGAGCACAUGUGGCUGAUCCCCUUCUCGCCGGGGCUGGACCACGUGGUCACGAUCCGCUUCGACAGAGCCGAAAGCAUCGCAGGCCUGCGCUUCUGGAACUACAAUAAAUCUCCCGAGGACACCUAUCGAGGGGCCAAAGUCGUCCACGUCUCCCUGGACGGCCUGUGCGUCUCCCCUCCAGAGGGCUUUCUCAUCCGGAAGGGGCCGGGCAACUGCCACUUCGAUUUUGCUCAGGAAAUCCUCUUUGUGGACCACCUACAAGCUCCAGUCCUGCCCCGGCCGUCCCAGAGGCUCAACACCAAAAGCCUGGAGCGGGCAAGCAUGGACUAUGAGGCACCACUGAUGCCCUGUGGCUUCAUUUUUCAGUUUCGGCUCCUGACCAGCUGGGGCGACCCCUAUUACAUCGGUCUCACCGGCCUGGAGCUGUACGACGCGCGCGGGGAGAAAAUCCCUCUGUCGGAAAACAACAUCGCUGCCUUCCCCGACAGCGUGAACGCCCUGGAGGGCGUGUGCGGGGACGUCCGGACCCCUGACAAGCUCAUCGACCAAGUGAAUGACACCAGUGACGGCAGGCACAUGUGGCUGGCUCCCAUCCUGCCCGGCCUGGUAAACCGCAUCUAUGUAAUUUUUGAUCUGCCUACCACCGUGUCGAUGAUCAAACUGUGGAAUUACGCGAAAACACCCCAACGAGGGGUGAAGGAGUUUGGCCUCCUGGUGGAUGACCUGCUUGUGUAUAACGGGGUCCUGGCCAUGGUGGGCCACCUGGUCGGGGGCAUCCUGCCCACCUGCGAGCCCACAGUGCCCUACCACACCAUUCUCUUCACCGAGGACCUGGAUAUCAGCCACCGGGAGAAGCGCGCCGCCAUCAGCAAUCAGGUGGAAGACCAGGACGUCCAGAUGAUGAAUGAAAACCAAAUCAUUGCCAACUCGAAAAGGAAGCAGGGUGCUGUUGACCCAGCCUUACGCCCUAAAACCUGCAUAAGUGAGGAGACAGCAAGGCGAUGGCGGUGCUGACCAGCGAAGGAGGGAGAGCUGGUCCUCUCGGCCAGCAUGGGGCUCCGUCACUGGCCCCCUCAGCACCCACGUCCCCCCUCAGUCUUCAGUGUCUGCCAGCCAGGACCCUCAGGGCCGGAAGAGAGCUGUGGUGUGGAGGGGAGCUUCCUGGGGUAAAGGGACUUGAAGAGUCCACUUGAAGAGUGGACAGCCCUGGGGAAGACAGGAGUUGUAGGUGGGAGGAGUGAGGUGGCCCUCUGUUCUGCCCUGCAGGGAGCCCCAGGACACCUGUCCUGGUGCCUCUCCCAUAAGGUCCGGCAAAACAGGGCUGGCGUCCACUCAGCCCUGCCCUGGGUUCCCAGAGCCAGGUCUGACUCGGGCCGAGAGGGGGUGGGCUGUGGAGGCCCUCCAUCCAGCCCGGGCACGGCUGCGCUGGGCAGGGGACCAGGCCGCGGCACCAGCGCUCGAGGGGCGUGCCCAGGCUGGGGUGCCAGCAACUCCCUGUCCCCCACACACAUCCCUGCCUCCUUUGGAGGCUAGCAGAGCUGCCUGAGAGGGUGGGGCUUUCCCCUGGACCCCCAAAUGUCUAGCCAGAACUGCUACAACCCCCUCACUCAUCCCUGGUCCCACCAAGGACAGGUCCCCUCAGAGGAACUGCUUCUACAGGGGUCUGUGUCCUCUUAUCAGGGCUGAGGAGGGAUUGGCCAAGGGCGUGGUGGGUCCUGCAGAGGGCAGGAAGGGGGUGGUACCUGCCCAUCUAGAGCUGGGCCCGCCCUGGCAUCCGGGCACUCUUCUCUGCUACCAGGCCCAGGUAGGACCGGCAGGAGGGGGCUUUGGACCCCAGAGGGCCAGUGGGCCCAUCUACAGGCCCUGUGGCCCAAAGGCAGGGAGGCCGAGGGCCAGUGCCACAGCUGUACUCGCAGUCCCCAGAGGCUGCGCUCCUUCCACUUGAACUCUGGACAGAGACGGCCCUCACUGUGCUCUUGGCCGUGUCCCUGGAGCCUAGAGGUGGGCGUCUCUUGCUGCUCUCUCCCUUCACGUCCCUGUCUGUGCCCUUGGAGUCAGACAUUGAGGAUCUCUCGGCCCAGGCCCCUCUCCUCCGUCUUCCAGCAGCUUCCCAGCAAGUUGGAAAUGUGCCUUGCACCCCCAGCCGAGUGAAGCCCAGAACACAUCUAUUUCCAUCUAUGUAACAAGCUCGGAUCAGGGACCUAAUUGGUUUCCCAGUGGUGGGUAAUUUCUCGUUCCCAAUAUUAAUCCGUUGUUUUCCUGGCGCCCAGCCCAGCCGCGUUACUGUACUCCAAGUACGUUCCUAUGCAACCGAGAGCCCAGCAAAUACUUUAUGAGCUUCGCAGCUUCCUCGGGCAGCUAUGCAAAUGCACUUCUCAUUUGGAGCGGGGGUCGAUGGGACGAUAAGGAAUCACUUCUCUCCAAGAAGAUCCAUCAUUUCCAUAGCUUCCAGGCCCCCAGCUUCUCUGCUCCUCCCAGACGGGGUGCGCCUCCGGGCCUUGGCUCCCCGGAGAGCUGACAUCGGGGCACGUGGGGGGCUGAUGGAGCCAGCUCUCAGUGACCAAACCGAGCCCCACCCGCUGUAAAGGGAGCCCAGCUCUCUGUCCCCGUCACCCCCCCCCAGGCAUGGCACAGGUCAGUCGGGUGGACAAUGCUGCACACGCCCCUCGCUCGCUCGCUCGCUCGCUCCUGGGGCCUCAGCUGACAUUUGUAACCAGUGUGUGGACCACACAAUUUCGAAGGAAAGAAAAACUGUGCAGGCAUUAACUCUAAAACAAAUUUCUGGUUUUUUUCCUCUUGCAAAUCAAUAAAAGAUACU